GAAACGUAGUUGGUGACGUAUACUUGUAUAUAUCCCUUCAAACGUUUGCGCAGAAGAUUUAUCUUGAAAUCAAAAGACCGGAAGUUUCGUACGAGCUGGGGCGUAGAUGCGCAGCAGCUGCAGGAGAAAUAUCCACUAUGGCUGAGACCCACAGUUUACAGGACCUCCAGCAACCAGCUGUCUCCUCCAAGGUGUUCGUCCAGAGAGACUACAGCUCAGGAACCAUCUCCAAGUUCCAGACAAAGUUCCCCUCUGAACUUGAGUCAAGGAUUGAGAAGCAGCAGUUUGAAGAAACCAUCCAGACUCUAAACAACUUGUAUGCAGAGGCAGAGAAACUAGGAGGGAAGUCUUAUUUGGAGGGCUGUCUGGCUUGUCUAACUGCCUAUACAAUAUUCCUCUGUAUGGAGACACACUAUGAAAAGGUGUUAAAGAAGAUUGCUCGGUACGUUAAGGACCAGAAUGAGAAGAUAUAUGCUCCCAGGGGCUUGCUGUUGACUGACCCCAUAGAGAGAGGCCUCAGAGUCGUUGAAAUUACCAUCUUUGAAGACAGAAGUAUUGGCUCUGGAAGAUAAAGAAGCUUGAGGAUGAUGACUCUGACCAGAUACUCUGCAUCUGUCUGGCAGCACAUAUUCAGAUGUCCCCUGAACCUGAAUCGAUGUAUAUAAAUUUUGAUCUGAAACUGUUCUCUGUUAUUUAUAAGUACUCUACUUUCUGCCUGUCCUAAUGUUAUUAUGUUUGUAAAUGUGUUAUCAGGUCUUUUUAUACAUGCAGUGAUGUAUAAGUCAUGUCUUAGUUGAUCAAGACCGGUCUUUAUGAACAUUGCCACUGUGUUAAAUGCAACCUUUUGACCAUGGUAAUCAUAAGUGAUUUGACUUUUGCAAAUAAUUUAUAGUCAAAUAAUGUAUAGUCACCAAGAACUGUUAUUAAAGAUAAGUAGGGAUGGAGUUGUUGGCAAAGUCGGUAAACGGUAAUCCUGUUAUGGGCAGUGCUCUACAGUAUUAACAUGCUGGUUGUAGCCUUUGUUGAGGCAAAUGUUUUUUUAUCCAUGCAUGAAUGUGACUUUCUUUGUCUUGUGAAACAUGCUGUUUUCUUCUGAACUGGAUUUUUUUGUGACUGAAGAUGGAGCAUGUUUACUGUUAAUACGUCCAUCACAAAGUAACAGCACAAAGUAACAGCGUGACCUAUGUCUGUCUGUCUGUCUGUCAUAGUAAAAAAAAAAAUGACCUGUAAUAGUACAACAGUUCUGUUUCUCAUAAGAUUCACCAUCGAUAUUGCGAAUGUCAUCCCCUUUUUCAUUAUCACCAAACCACCACAGAAACCUUAAACAUUCAACUCCACAGAUGAUUGCUAUUGUUGGUGUUUGAUACAGUAGGUGUACUUUUCUUACAAAUAUUGUUUUGUUUUAUCUAAAUAAAUAACCUUUUCCUCAAAUAUG